GAAAGCGAUCUUCCACGUCAUUAGGGAAGUGGUGGAGAAUCACAGGGACAGCUCACCAGACGGAGCUCCAGCGACUAUUUACAGAUGUAAAUAUCCAACAUUGGAUAUCGAAGGCCACUUCGGAGGAUACAAGUCGUGCAGUUAGUUAUUAUCCAGUGAGCAACAUUCAUAGAAUUUCUUCUUAGCGGGAACAAGCACAGCAGCAAAAAUGACAGCUGCAGAGAACGUUUGUUACACCCUGAUCAAUGUUACAUCUGAUUCAGAACCCCCUUCAGAAGUCAGCCUGAAAACUGAUCUAGAAAAGGGAGAGAUCAAGGCAAAGACUGAAGCCUUAAAGAAGGUCAUCAUCAUGAUUCUGAAUGGGGAGAAGUUGCCGGGACUUCUGAUGACCAUCAUCCGCUUUGUGCUGCCACUUCAAGACCACACCAUCAAAAAGCUGCUGCUGGUGUUCUGGGAAAUUGUUCCCAAAACAACCCCAGAUGGCAAGCUGCUUCAGGAGAUGAUCCUGGUCUGUGAUGCCUACAGGAAGGACCUGCAGCAUCCAAAUGAGUUCAUCCGUGGCUCCACUCUUCGUUUCCUGUGCAAGCUGAAGGAGUCUGAGUUGCUCGAGCCUCUCAUGCCGGCAAUCCGAGCCUGCCUGGAGCACCGUCACAGUUAUGUUCGCCGCAAUGCUGUCCUGGCUAUUUACACCAUCUACAGGAACUUUGAGCAUCUCAUCCCAGAUGCCCCAGAAUUGAUCCAUGACUUUCUGGUCAAUGAAAAAGAUGCCAGCUGUAAGAGAAAUGCCUUCAUGAUGUUGAUUCAUGCAGAUCAGGACCGAGCUCUGGAUUACCUCAGCACCUGUAUUGACCAAGUUCACACUUUUGGCGACAUUCUCCAGCUUGUCAUUGUGGAACUGAUUUACAAGGUCUGUCAUGCUAACCCGUCUGAGCGCGCCCGUUUUAUCCGAUGCAUCUACAACCUGCUGCAGUCCUCCAGUCCAGCCGUUAAGUACGAGGCUGCUGGUACUCUUGUAACCCUCUCCAGUGCUCCAACCGCCAUUAAGGCUGCAGCCCAGUGCUACAUCGACUUGAUUAUCAAGGAGAGUGACAACAACGUGAAGCUGAUUGUUCUGGACCGUCUCAUUGAACUGAAGGAGCACCCCACUCAUGAGCGUGUACUCCAGGACCUUGUGAUGGACAUCCUGCGUGUUCUCAGCACUCCUGACCUAGAAGUCAGGAAGAAGACCUUACAGCUGGCACUGGACCUUGUUUCAUCUCGCAACGUAGAAGAGUUGGUGAUUGUUUUAAAGAAAGAAGUGAUCAAAACAAACAACGUAACAGAACAUGAAGACACCGAUAAGUACAGGCAGCUGUUGGUUCGCACUCUCCACUCUUGCAGUGUGCGCUUCCCUGACAUGGCGGCCAAUGUCAUACCUGUGCUGAUGGAAUUCCUAAGUGACACUAACGAGGCAGCUGCUGCUGAUGUGCUGGAGUUUGUACGAGAGGCAAUUCAGAGAUUUGACAAUUUGAGACCCCUUGUCAUUGAGAAGAUGCUGGAAGUUUUUCACAGCAUCAAAACUGUCAAGAUCUACAGGGGAGCGUUGUGGAUCUUGGGAGAAUACUGCAGCACCAAGGACGACAUUCAAAGUGUGAUGACAGAAAUACGCAGGUCCUUGGGAGAGAUCCCGAUUGUUGAAAACGAGAUUAAGAAGGAGACAGGCGAGGUGAAACAAGACGACGAAGUGAGUGCAGCUCCAGCCCAGAAGCUGGUGACAGAGAUGGGCACAUAUGUGACACAGAGUGCCCUCAGCUCCUCCAGGCCUUCCAAGAAGGAAGAGGACAGACCUCCACUCAGAGGCUUCCUGAUGGAUGGAGACUUCUAUGUGGCAGCUUCCCUGGCCACCACACUCACCAAAGUAGCUUUGCGCUAUGUCGCAAUUGUUCAAGACAAAAAGAAACAAAAUUCUUUUGUUGCAGAGUCCAUGCUGAUCAUGGUCACUGUGCUGCACCUGGGCAAGUCUUCUCUGCCCAAGAAACCAAUUACAGACGAUGAUGUGGACCGCAUCUCACUGUGCCUGAAGGUGCUGUCAGAGUGCUCACCACUUAUGAAUGACAUUUUCAACAAGGAGUGCCGCAAAUCACUGUCACAUAUGCUUACCGUCAGACUGGAGGAGGAGAAGCUGUCACAGAAGAAAGAGUCUGAGAAACGUAACGUCACAGUGCAGGCAGACGACCCCAUCUCCUUCAUGCAGCUCACAGCCAAAAAUGAAACGUCUUCUAAGGAGGACCAGUUCCAGCUCAGUCUGCUGGCUGCCAUGGGCAACACUCAGAGGAAGGAGGCUGCUGAUCCCCUGGCUUCAAAACUCAACAAGGUGACCCAGCUGACAGGUUUCUCAGACCCAGUGUACGCUGAAGCCUAUGUUCAUGUCAACCAGUAUGACAUUGUACUGGAUGUUCUGGUGGUCAACCAAACAAAUGACACUCUCCAGAACUGCACCCUUGAGCUGGCUACUUUAGGUGAUCUGAAAUUGGUUGAGAAGCCUUCGCCUCUCACUCUGGCUCCUCAUGAUUUUGCAAACAUUAAAGCCAAUGUAAAGGUGGCGUCAACUGAGAAUGGCAUUAUAUUUGGCAAUAUUGUCUACGAUGUGUCGGGGGCUGCUAGUGACAGAAACUGCGUUGUCCUAAGUGACAUCCACAUCGACAUUAUGGACUACAUCCAGCCAGCAUCCUGCACAGAUGCAGAAUUCAGGCAGAUGUGGGCAGAGUUUGAGUGGGAAAACAAGGUGACAGUGAACACCAACAUCACUGAUCUGAACGAUUACCUGCAGCAUAUCCUCAGGUCCACCAACAUGAAGUGUCUGACUCCUGAGAAGGCACUGUCUGGCUUCUGCGGCUUCAUGGCUGCCAACCUUUAUGCUCGUUCUAUCUUUGGAGAAGACGCUCUGGCUAAUGUCAGCAUCGAGAAGCCCAUCCACCUGGGGCCGGAUGCACCUGUCAACGGACACAUACGCAUCAGAGCCAAAAGUCAGGGGAUGGCCCUGAGCCUCGGUGACAAGAUCAACCUGUCGCAAAAGAAGACAAAUAUCUGAUCCAGCUGAUCCCUCCGACUUUGUGAAGUCACCUGCUGUUUCUCCUCUACCGCUCAUCAUCUUACGGCCUCUUCAUCACCAAUAAUUAAGAACUCUAUAGGGUCUGUUGCUUCUGUGCUCUUUUAUUUUAUUUUUUUUACAUCACAUCUGUGUAAAAAACGACAUCUCAGUAAUGUUUUUCCCUGUCCCGUUUAAUUUUCAAUAAACAUGUAUUAAAAGAAUAAGAAAAACUUU